AUGGAGCACCUCGAAACCGUGGUGAAGGUCGCCAAGAACUCGGGCCACCUUCAGGGCCCGUAUGUCAGGGCCCUGAAGGAGGCCGCGGCGGGCAUCAGGGCGGCGCUCACCGUCACUGCUGAGAGGAGGGGCGCCGGAGCCCCUUCUCUCAGCACGGAGAACGCCGCCCUGAGGGGGGAGGUGGAGUCCCUCAAAUCGCAGGGGGCGGAGGCUGGUGACUCCGCCGAGGAGCCCGGCGACAUCGGAGGCAGGACUCCGGACCGAGACCACCCCGCAGAAGGGGGGAGGUCCUCCCGCCGAAAGGGAGGACCCCCUGGUCUCCAUGGAGGCCAGAAUUAUGGCCUCCAUGGGGACCAUGGUCUCGCGGAUCGUCGCGGAGGCGGUGGCGCCCCUGGUGAGGCGCGGCGCGAGAGAGGGAGCGGAGCCGACCCCCAAACAGGACCGGAGGAGCCAGGCAACGGCGGGACGGCAAAGAAGAAGAAGAAAGGUAAGAAGGGGGGUGGUGGGGCGAGCGGAGCCCCGCCUGCCCUUAACCCCCCUCCGGCAGAGCAGCGGCCCAGUUCGGCGGUGGCCGGCCCGGCUAGCCGAGUUCCAGCCGGCGAGGAGGAGCAGCCGUGGUCGACGGUGGUGGGCAGGAGGGCCGCGAGGCCAACCGCCCAGCCACCGGCCCCCGCGGGUAAGGGCAAACCCGUGCCGGGCAAACCCGCCCCAGGUAGGGGGGCCAGCGGGGGGGGCAAACCCGCGACGGGCAAACCCUCCCCGCCCGGCGGUCGACCCGGCGCGAAGGGGCCGAAGCCCCCUAAGUCGCCCAAGACGGCGGCUGUGGUCAUCACGGCCGCCGACGGCGACUACAAGGGGGCCGUGGAGAAGGCGCAGAAGGGCGUGGACAUCGACGCCCUGGGGAUCGCCGCGCCGCGAGUGAGGAGGGCCUUGACGGGGGCCCUCAUUUACGAGAUCCCAGGACCGGAGUCCGCCACCAAGGCGGACGAGCUGGCCUCCCGUUUGGAGAAGGUUUUUGAGGGGUCGGGUGUAAGGGUCACCCGACCUCUCAAGAAGGUGGAGCUGCGCGUCCGACGGCUGGACGACGCGGCUACGGAGGAGUCGGUGUCUCGGGCGGUCGCAGCCGCGGGAGGCUGCGACCCCCGAGACGUCGAAGUAGGGCCGAUCCAGAGGUCCCCAGACGGCCUGGGGACCUCUUGGAUCAGGCUUCCUGCGCAGGCCGGCGGAAAAGUCGCCGACCUGGGCAGGAUCAGAGUGGGCUGGGCCUGGGCACCGAUUACUGUGCUGGAGCCCAGGCCCUUGAUGUGUUAUAGGUGCCUGGCGAAGGGGCACGUGCAAGCGACGUGCCCCAGUCGCGAGGACCGCCGAGACCUGUGCUACAGGUGUGGCGCGGCGGGUCAUCGGGCGCGCGGAUGCGCCGCUGACCCGAAGUGCCCUCUGUGCACGGGUCUCGGCAGGAGGGCGGACCACAGGCUGGGUAGCGCGGCCUGUGCUCCGCCCUCCAAGGGAGGGAAAAGUGGGGUUCAAAGGGGGUCGGAGACGGCGGCCCAGGGAGGAGCGCGGCCGACGGAGGCCGCCCCCCGCCCGCAAAGGGUCGCCUCUCCGGCUCCCAGGCAGGCGGCCCCGUCGGCGGGCGCGGCGCUGGAGCCGACGCCUGCUGAUGGGGACAAGGGAGGGCCGGCUCCUCCGCGGGAGGAGGAGCCGAAGCCCCGACGGGUGACCCGCUCCAUGGGGAAGAAGAAGGCGGAGGAGAAGGACGACGAUGGUGCGAGGGGCCUGGAGGAGCCCGCCAUGGACGUGGAGUAA